AUGUCCACUAAGGUCCCAAUCUACCUGAAAAGAGGCAGUAGGAAGGGCAAGAAGGAAAAACUCCGAGAUAUCCUUUCUUCUGAUAUGAUCAGCCCCCCCUUGGGAGACUUCAGACACACUAUUCACAUAGGGAGUGGUGGGGAGAAUGAUAUGUUUGGGGAUAUUUCUUUCUUGCAAGGGAAAUUCCACCUUCUGCCAAGGACUGAAGGUAGCCUAGAUUCUGACAGGGGCAGCCACUGUGGAGUGCCAUUUGAGUUCUCAAGGACUGCUACUAUCUCUGGUCAUGAGCAACCAUUUUCUGAAGCUCCCUCGCCACUCUUAAAGAAUGCCAUCUCACUGCCUGUCAUUGGGGGUCCACAGGCUCUAAUGUUGCCCUCUACCCAGGCCCCACCAAAGCCACCAAGGCUGCACCUUGAUGAUAAAGUUCAACCAGCUCUGCAAGGCAAGGAAGCUGUGGCAGAACUGACUUCAUCCAAGGACAGCAGGACUUCUGAACCUAUCCCUCAUCUCUGCAGCCCCAAUGAGCUGUUUGCCAUCCCUCAGAAUGGGUUUGUUGAAGAGAAAAAUAAGAAUGAGUCCUUUAUGUCCCAUGCUGGUUCCCUGCUCUCCCUCCAUGUGGAUCUGGGGCCUUCUAUCUUGGAGGAUGUCCUUCAGGUCAUGGAUAAACACCAAGCUGGGAAAGUGAUACAAGAUUCUGGCAGGCAAGAAAUCCUGACAUGAAAACUAAAGGGACUUCCGUGGGGAAAGACUUUAAAAUGUAGAGUUUUGUAGAUAAGAAUUUUUCCCCCAAUGUGGAAUAUGGUUAACUGGGCCAGCUUGAAUUAGUGAAUUUUAUCCUGUGUGGAAUCCCAAUUGUGCAUCUUAUAGUAAUAGGGCAUUAAGCUUUUAGGAGUGUGUUGCUUACUUUCACCAAUGCCCAUCAUACUGAUGUUUUUUUUUAUGUUGCUUUCUGAAUACUGCUCAGUACUGAAAAAUGUAUGAAACUAAGAUAAGUUCAGUAGCAGCAAUAAAUUGCCGCUUAGCAAUAAGACCUCUAACU